CACAACGGCUUUAUCAGAAACACAGAAAACGUAGGUUUAAGGAGGGUUUAAAGGCGGCUACUCAAUCCAGUCACACCCUUCCUCCCUGCCUCCUCGAUCGCUCGAGAUCGCACUUUUCCAAUUCAUUUGUAGAUUUUUUGUUUUUAGAAGUAAAACUUGUAAUUUUCUUAUAGCUUCCGACUUUUUUCUCCGAUUUUCUGCUUCUUCGACAAUUUAAGAUUUCCCUUUUUGAUUUCCCGUAUCAUAUUUUCCAUUCCUCUGUAUCUUUCAGCACCUGCAAGUCGGAUUGAUUAAUUUGAAAAGUUUUUCUGGGAAAUAUGUGGAGAAACUUGGCUAAACAAGUUGCUUCGAGAAAGACCAAUCUCUCCUCCCAAUCUCAUUUUAGUUCCCCUUCUUCUACUUCUAUGAUAUUUUCUCAAGAAUCGAGCUUUCUCGAGAAGGCCAGGCAUUUCGAUGCUCGGAAAUGCAUAAAUAAUCGGAUUUUGGUAAUGGGUUUUCGUCAAGUUGGUGAUAUGGCUUCUCAAAAGGACGAAUUGGGCAGAUGCAGUUCACUGAAUCCAAGUUUCCCUUAUGGCAUUUCUGGGUUUUGCAACUACGCCAAAGGCUAUGCCAGUGUUGCCGAGGCCAUUGCUUCGACAGAUGGCGAGGAGGACUCGUCGGGGUCUGAAGAAAUUCAGGAAAUGUUGGAGGAUUUGAUCAGAGAAAACAACAAGGUGGAGUCCCAUUUCAAGCAGCCAAAGAGAGUGGUGGUUGGUAUGGGACUAGGAAAGUACAAUCUUCUAAGGAAGAGGCAAAUAAAACUGGAGACGGAGGCUUGGCAAGAGGCGGCCAAAGAGUACCAAGAGCUUUUAGCGGACAUGUGUGAGCAGAAGCUAGCACCCAAUUUGCCAUACAUCAAGUCAUUGUUUCUUGGUUGGUUUGAGCCUUUACGAGAUGCCAUUGCGGCAGACCAAGAUUCCUGCAAGCAAACUGGCAGUAGACAGAGUCAUGCUCCCUACUUUGAUCACUUACCGGCCGAUAAAAUGGCGGUUAUUACAAUGCAUAAGUUGAUGGGGCUAUUGAUGACAAAUAAUGGUGGAAUAGGCAGUGUCAGGGUAGUCCAAGCUGCUUGUGCGAUAGGUGAAGCCAUUGAGCAUGAGGUUAGGAUACACAGAUUUUUGGAGAAGACAAAGAAGAAGAAGAACACUACUGAUAAGAAGGCUGAAGCUGAUUCUGUUCCUGUGACCAUUGAACAAGAGAAACUGGCUGAUGAACAAGAGAAACUGGCCAAUGAACAAGAGAGACUUAGGAAAAAGGUUAACAAACUAAUAAAAAGGCAGAAAAUGCAGCAAGUUAGAGGAAUUGUGAAGGAACAAGAAGACUUGAAGCCAUGGGGUCAGGAAGCCCACGUUAAGGUUGGCUGUCGAUUGAUUCAGUUAUUGAUGGACACAGCAUAUAUACAACCUCCAGUUGAUCAAAUAGGAGAUGGUCCACCUGAUAUACGCCCUGCAUUUGUACAUAACCUUAAGACUAUCACUAAAGACGCACAGAAGACCAGUAGGAGAUAUGGUGUUAUAGAGUGCGAUCCAUUAGUUCGCAAAGGCAUGGAGAAAACUGCAAGGCACAUGGUCAUGCCUUAUAUGCCUAUGUUGGUUCCCCCUAUUAAUUGGACCGGGUAUGACAGAGGAGCAUAUUUAUUCUUACCAUCCUAUGUAAUGCGAACUCAUGGAGCGAAACAACAACGUGAAGUUGUUAAAAGGACUCCUAGAAAGCAAUUAGAACCUGUUUUUGAGGCCCUGGAUACUCUUGGAAGUACCAAAUGGAGGGUAAACAAAAGGGUACUUGGUGUGAUAGACAGGAUAUGGGCUAGCGGAGGCCGUCUUGCUGACUUGGUUGACCGUGAAGAUGUUCCUUUACCAGAAGAACCAGACACAGAAGAUGAGGCAGAAAUCAGAAAAUGGAAGUGGAAACUUAAAGCUGCAAAGAAGGAGAAUAGUGAGAGGCACUCACAGCGGUGUGAUAUAGAACUUAAACUUGCUGCAUCUCGAAAGAUGAAGGAUGAGGAGGGCUUCUACUACCCGCACAACCUCGAUUUCCGAGGUCGUGCUUACCCCAUGCACCCAUAUCUAAACCAUCUUGGUUCCGAUAUGUGCCGAGGCAUCUUGGAGUUUUCAGAGGGACGGCACCUUGGAAAGUCAGGCUUACGCUGGUUGAAGAUACAUUUGGCUAAUUUAUAUGCUGGGGGUGUGGACAAACUCUCCUUUGAUGAUCGAGUAGCCUUUACCGAGAAUCACGUAGAUGAAAUUUUUGAUUCCGCAGACAGACCUCUUGAAGGAAGGCGCUGGUGGUUGGGUGCAGAGGAUCCUUUCCAGUGCUUGGCAGCAUGCAUUAAUCUCUGUGAAGCAUUGAGAAGCCCCUCUCCAGAGACUACCAUUUCAUAUAUGCCUGUCCACCAGGAUGGCUCAUGUAAUGGUUUACAACACUAUGCAGCCCUUGGAAGGGACAAGCUUGGAGCUGCUUCUGUAAAUCUCAUGGGAGGAGAUAAACCUGCAGAUGUUUACUCAGGAAUUGCUGCCAGAGUACUCGAUAUAAUGCGCAACGACGCAGAAAAAGAUCCUGCCACUAAUCCAAAUGCAUUGCAUGCUAGGCUUUUAAUUAAUCAGGUGGAUCGUAAAUUGGUGAAGCAGACAGUUAUGACGUCUGUAUAUGGUGUUACUUACGUUGGUGCACGCGAACAAAUUAAGAGGCGAUUAAAGGAGCGUGGUUCCAUAGCUGAUGACACGGCGCUGUUUGCCGCAGCUUGCUAUGCUGCAAGGACCACCUUGACUGCCUUAGGAGAGAUGUUUGAAGCUGCAAGAAGUAUUAUGAGUUGGCUUGGUGAAUGUGCAAAGGUGAUAGCUUCAGAGAAUCAACCAGUUCGGUGGAUCACUCCCCUUGGACUUCCUGUUGUACAACCAUACCGGCAAUUAGGACGGCAUCUUAUUAAGACUUCCCUUCAGGUGUUGACAUUACAAAGAGAAACUGACAAGGUCAUGGUUAAACGGCAGAGGACAGCCUUUCCCCCGAAUUUUGUUCACUCCCUUGAUGGUUCCCACAUGAUGAUGACUGCUGUUGCCUGCAAAAAGGCAGGCUUAAACUUUGCAGGAGUGCAUGAUUCAUAUUGGACGCAUGCAUGUGAUAUUGACGAAAUGAAUAGGAUACUAAGGGAGAAGUUUGUUGAACUCUACGAGGCACCGAUACUGGAGAAUUUGUUGGAAGGCUUUCAACAGUCUUUCCCCACCUUGACUUUCCCCCCCUUACCAGAUCGCGGAGACUUCGAUCUCAGAGAUGUUCUUGAAUCUCCCUAUUUCUUCAACUAGUCUGAGCCAGAUGAUUGUUAGGCAGCAGUGCCCUUUUUGCUUGUUUUAGUUCCUUAUAUCAUUCAAUCACAAGGUGGUCCAAUUUAAUUUGUAUGAGAUUGUCAAGACAAGUUCCCUGCGUGAUGUCAAAGGAGAACAAUUCUUGUGGAAAAAAUCUUGAUUUGACUGCUGCUGUCCAUUUGCUGUCCGUACUCUUGUACAUAUGUCGAGACAAGCUAUCUUCAAGAAUUAGCUGGAGAUAUCCCAGAGGGCUUGGCUGUCUUCUGCACCCACUAUUUUAAAAGGAUUGGGGAAACAAGAUGGUCAACAUGCAGCAUUUGAGAAACGAACAGCCACAUGUAAAUCAGAGCAAAUUAAAGCUUCAAGAGCAUGAAAAACACUUGGUGAGUUGAUUCAAACAAAUGGGCAAUGGAUGGUAGAUGAAUAUUGUGGAGGUCUUAACUCUUCGUAGAUGACGAGUGCCAUAGAUAUGGGUGGGUGUAUGUUUAUUAGUGGCUUGCAUAAAAGGUCAACAUAAUUGUUGUCAAGUUCUGUUUGUAUAUUUUGUUCCGUUGAUUCAUUUCAAAGGUAGAGAAUAAGUUAUUGUACUGGAUUUUUGCCCUUUUUAUUCUUUACUCGAUUUUGAAGCAAAUUCAUUAGAUUUUAAUGUGAAAAUUACAGGAGGUUGAACUUGGAAUGCAAUACCGUUUUUAUG